AUGCCCCAGGUGGAGACCUACAACGGCACGACCGACCUCCUCGACCAUUUGGAGAGUUACGGAGCUCUCAUGGCACUGCAAGGGUCCUCGGAGGUCAUACUCUGCAAGGCCUUUCCGGCUACGCUUCGGGAAGUAGCUCGGCUCUGGUUCUCUGGGCUGAAGCCCAGCACCGUGUCAUCUUUUAAGCAGCUCGGCAGGCAGUUCGCCGCCAACUUCGCUGCCAGCCGACGUCAGCGGCGGACUUCGGACUCCCACCUCAACGUCAAGCAAAGGGAGGGAGAGUCUUUUAAAGAUUACCUCGACCGUUUCAUCGCCGCUACUUGGGAGGUCCGUGAGCUCGACCAGUCGAUAGCCAUGUCGGCGCUCAAGACUGGAGCUCGGUCCUAUAGGCUUCUCUUCUCUAAUGAGAAGAGUUUUCCCGUCGAUUUUACCGAGAUGCUGCUACGAGCUGAGAAAUACGUGAAGGCGGAAGAGGCCAUUGCUUUCCGAUGGAAUGCGACCGAGCAGACCUCCAAGAAGUAG